AUGGCGGAAUUGAUUAGGUUCGCGGUUCCUACGGAGUACGACAAAACCUUGGUGGUGUGGGAUCUGAGCUCUGGGCCAACGGCCGAAGAAUUGCAUCGCUUUCUGUUCACAGAGUUCUCCACAUUUGGCCUUCUGUAUUCAGUCCGCGUCUUCCCAAAUGCUGCGGUGGCCCGACCAGGCUUCUACGCCAUCAUCAAGUUCUACUCGGCAAGGGAUGCGCUCAGAGCCCAAAAGGCCUGCGAUCGGAAGCCGCUUUUUCAGACAUCUCCAGUGAAGGUUCAUCUUGGCACACGACAUAAGACUGUUCAGCAUCAGACCCUUGCCCUAAACAGCUCUCGAUGCCAAGAACUUGCAAAUUACUACUUUGGUUUCAAUGGAUGGUCAAAAAGGAUUAUCAAGCUUCUGGAUUUUUCUGAUCUUGAAGAAAGGGAAAAUGAAGAGAUGGCAGCAGCUCAGAAGCCUGGUCCAAAGUUCUUCUGUGCUCUGGAGGUGGUACUGCCAGCCUAUGGGUGCAGGAGCCCUGGAGUUGGCGUGGCAGAGGAGCCCUUGGAGAAGCAGGAGGAAGGGCCAUUGUCCUUUCUUAUGAAAAGGAAGAUAACCCAGAAGCUUGCCGCUCAGAAGGCUUUGUCGAAUGCAUUCCAGAAACUGUUGCUUGUUGUUCUAGGUAAGACCAUGAUGAUCUCUGAGGUACUUCCAUUUCAGUGA